AUGGAAGUAUUUAAAAGUGUGUAAAACAUUUCAUAACAUUGAAAACUGCAGCUUUGUUUUAUUUUUCAAUUUUCUUCCAAACUUUUUCUUUCAAAAUGCAAAAACUUGUUUCCGGAAGCCAAAUACUUUUUGAAUAUUUCUCAAACUUUCUUGUCUCUUUUUUCUCUAAUUAAUUUUUUUUUCAAAAAAUGAUAAUAAUAUAAUUAUACAAGCUCCGCCCAAUCUCUCUCUCUAUAUAUAUACAUAAAUGUAUAGAUAUAUAUAUAAAUAUAUUGCUCGUUUAAGUCCCGCCCAUUUUUUCAUGCUCCUCGCGCACACACACAUUUUUCUUUUCUUUUUUCACUCUUCGUUUUUUUUCUAAAAAAAAAGAAGAGAGAUGUUUUUUGUUGUUCCAGUUACUUUAGUUUAGUUUUGGUUUUUUGUUUGGUCACUUGUUUUGACACUUUCCCAAUUCUUAAAGAUUAUCCCAUAAUUUUUCAAAGAAUUUGAAUUUAUGAAAUAAAUUCUUUUUGGCCGAUUUGUCUCAAGUCCUUCUUCAUUCGAGAUUUGCUUUGUUUGAGUUUUGAUUGAUUUAAGACGGCAAUUUCAGCAAACGGAAAACGACAAAACCCCUAAUUUUCUGUAAUAAAUUGAGGGGUUUUCGGUUAUCCCGUUUUCGAAUCUUUUUUUUUUCGUAGACGUCAUUCGACGGAAAAAUGAAAGUGCUAAUUGAAAAAUCAAAUCAAAUCAAGCUUGAAAAUAUAUCGAUUUUUUUUUUUUGAUAAAGCAUCUUCUUAGAAUUUUUGUGACGUAUCCGGAAGUUUAAAUCAAAAAAAAUCUUGUCAGUCAACUUCCGAAUGUUGUCAUUGACCAUUAAAAAAUCUAAAUAGACAUGUUUUAUAAAAGGUCAAGCGUAGAAAUUGAAAAUUAGAAUUUUUUUUUUAAAUUCACGUAUGACAAAUUUUCUUUUUUUUUUUUAAUAUUCAUUUCUUCAUAUUUUUCUUUUGUGAGAUGUUUAUAGACUGGUCACUGUAUGUUUUCUCAUUGCCACGUUGUUAAUAACCUUCUUAAUUCUUAACAAAUCCUAUUUUUUCUAGUCAAAAUCCGUUCCUUACCGCAUACUCCACCUUCUUCAACACCAUCUCCAUCAAUGCACCAUCCACAACAGCGUGCAAUAUCAACGUAUCCGGCAUUACUCGAACCAACAUCAUGUCGACGUCGAUUACCAAUGGCACCUGAUACAACACAUCUUCGACGAUCAAGUUCCCCUCGAAUUCUACCAACACCUCCUCCGUUAUCACCUGAAUAUCGAUGUCCGAGUGCAGCACCGCAUUUAGAACGAAGACCUUCGGGAAGACAAUUACCGAGGCCACCAACUGCUGAAUUGAAUAAUUUACAAAAUAUGAUGCCAACAGCAACAACACCAAUUAUGAAUUCAUCACAAUCUUCUUUGUCUCCUGUUUCAUUAACUCCUGAUCCAACUCCAGAUGAACCAGAACAAUAUGAAGAAGAAGAGGAAGAAGUUGAAGAACAACAAGAUGAUUUUGAUCAACAAAAUGAAGAAAUUAUUGAAGAAGAAGAUGAUAUUGUUGAAGAAAUCGAAACAUCACAACCAGAACCUGAAGUUAUUCUAAUUCCACCGCCACAACCAAGAAGAAUGUCAAAAUUCUCAGUGCAUUCACCAAGUAUUGAACAGGUUAGUACAUUUUAUUUUUGAGGAGGGGGUAAAUAGUCCAUUCAUGUCGAUUUUCGGUAGAAUAUACAUAUAAAUAAAUAAGAAGAUCGCUCUUCUUUUCUUUCUUUUCUUUUCUUUUUUUCUUCAUCUAACAUCUUUCAACCGAAUAAUAAUUAGCUAUUCAUCAUGAUCUCAUGUUAUGCUCAUGUUCAUCGACUCGAAAAGAUAUCAAAUUUUGUUCUUCUAGAAGCGUACCCACAAAAAAAGAAAAAGCUAACUUUUUGACGGGGGUUCACCGGAAAAGAUUCUGACAUCAUUUAGAGGAAAAAACAUCCAGCAGAAGAACAGAUCUUUCAAAGUUCGAAAGAUCUUUGAAAGUGUAAUUCGAUAGGGCGUGUUGUUAAUAAUUUGGUAGGAAUUUGAGGAAUGACGCGCACUUUGGAAAAAAGCAUUUUUUGGCAAUUCGUCAUAUUAGCAAAAAAAAUUGGGACAGAAAGAGGGUGUUUUAUUAUUCAUUUGCACUUGGAAUAAUAAUUCAGACACUUUUUGUUUCUUUUUUCUUUUCUUUGAACUGAAGCUUGGCUUCUUGUUGUGGGUGGCAAAAAAAUGAUGAUUCAUCAAAACUUUUUUGAGGCGGUUCCGAAAAUUUCGGAAAUUAAUUUCUAAUUUUAGUAUCUAAACUAGACAAUAGCGGAAGUGAAUGUGUUUUCUGUCGUUCACGCCUCAUUGUCAUUUUUUUCCAAAGAGUCUAAAAUAAAACACUUUUAUUUUCCAGUCGAGUAGAUACAUUCAAGCUUUCCCGCAAACGCGUCAAAAAUUGAAAUUCGAGAGUUUUCAUCCAUCCGCCGCUCGCCUUCUUUCGCUUCUGCUGCUCAUUUUUUAUUGAAGUGAGAGAACGAAAAAAAAUCCCAUUUUGAAAAUGGAUGGAUAGAUGGACUAACUACUCUAGCACAGGCAAAAAGAAAGCAAAAGCAGCUACUCAUCUCUAAAUGGGUCCAUAUGUGAAUGUCUGUUGUGAAUGUGUUGUAUGUGUGUGUUCUUCUUAUUGGAUUGUCGAAAAUGAAAGAUUUGGAGGUUCACAAAUCGCGUUUGAGUGAUGGCAAUUUUUGACUUUUGCAAAGCGCGGUGUCGUUUUUCAAAUUGUUGAAAGACCAAAUGAAUCAAAAAAACAAAGAAUAUUCAAUGUUCUAAAGCUAGUCUAAGCUAUGAUUUGAUCAGGGGUGCAUUUUUAAUCAGGCCAGAGAAUGAAAUUCUAUGUGAUCCGAAUUUCAGAACUUUUUGUCGGAUUCCGAACCUACAUAUUUUUCCAAGUCUCAACCUUUUCAAUUUUCUGAUGUGAUUUCUAAUUGUUUUUGUUGGACAAGAACGGCAGCUGAAAAUUAAAUUGAACUCUGUAGUUGUAGGCGUCAGAAAAAUUGUUGUGAUUUUUCCCCCAAAAAACAUUUGCUAUGUGGUAUUUUUUUCGUAUCAUUUCAACUCAAUAAUUUUUGAUCACAAAGCAUGAGAAUACCGCAUAACAACACAAAACAAAACAAAAAACCUAGAUCAACAAAAACAAGAUUAACAUACAAGUGUUCUCAGAGAAGAGGAGCAUGAUAAUAAUAAUAAUAAUCGAAAUUCUCGUCAUCAUGUUUUCUUUUCGACGAAUUAAUUUCCCUUUGUACUUUUGCCGAGAGUUGAAAUAUUAUAAUACGAAAAAAGAACGAACCAGUAGGGAUUAUAAUCAGCCAAGGAUUAGUUGACGACGUCUUGAACCCUCCUUCUUUCUUCUAUUUUUUGUGUCAUUCUUCGAAAUUUGUAGGUGGUGGGAAAUCAUUCGACAAGUACACUCAUUGUUGAUGAAAAAAAAGAAACAAACAAAAUUUUCGGAAGUUUUUUGUCUUCCGCUUCACGCGUGCGCAAAAACAGAUUAGAGUAGAGAAAAAAAAUAUUUUUUGUAUUUUUUGAAAAAGAUUUUGAAGAAUAAAAAAGUACAAUUUUGGUUCAAGUAAGUUGGAGAAGAAAACAAGUCUAUCAAAUAUUUUUCGAGGGGUCUCUUUUAUUCAACAAAACAAGAAAUGGCCUAUUUUGAAUCUGACUUGAAGAAUCAGGCCAGAUAUGAUUAGUCUGACACAAUUAAGAGGAUGUCUGAGUCGCAACUUUUUAAUACCAGUUUCGGGUACAAUUCAGAAUUUUUCUCUCGAUUCACAUUAGAAAGUGGUCAGCCUGGUUCUAUUCAAAAUAUCUGCAAACAUUUUAUGAAUCCGUCCUGAUUCUGUUUUCUCGAGUCCAAUUCAGAAACUCCCGAAAUAAAGUACAGAGAUCUGUUGAGAGCAGACUAUAUACAUUGCUCAGAUUUUUCAAUAACUCAAUUUUUCCCACAGAUUUCCUUUUCUUCUUCUUUUUUUUUCAAAAAUCCAAUUGCAUUUUCCUUCUUCCUUCACAUUUUUGCUUUCCUUUCGUCGAAAAAAUGUUUCAUUACUAGAAGAGAGCAAAAAAAGCAAAAACAAAACUUUUUUCUUCUUGUGCUGAAGAUUUGUAUGUCAGAGCAAUCAUCUCAUCAUGAGAAGAAGAAGAAAAAUAGGAGAGAAGCACUCGUUGGAUAGAAAACACAACUAUUUAGAAAAAAGUAGAGGAAGAAAAAAGAUGGAGAAUGAAAAAAAACGAAUUAAUUCGAGUUUUAUUCGUAGAAGACGGGGCAGGCAAUACAACGCAAAUGAGCAAAGAAAAAAGGAAAAUUAGGAAAAUAAAAAAAGUACAGAAAAAAGAUUAAAACUUUUGGGGGAUCCGAAAGAGGUUUUGAUCGAAGUUUUAUUUCAAAAUUGGAAUGAUGUUCGGAAAAUUUCGACUGACAAUGAGAUAUAGUUUUUGGCUUCAAAAGUUCCUCAGAUAUUCUGUAGUUGUUUUUCUCGAAACUGUUCCUCAAACGUUCGGUUAUUCAUAGAGGCGUGAGAACUAUUAUUUGCAAAAAUAUGUGAUUUGAACUUUUGCUGUGUAUUCAUUCAUUCCUUCGACUGACUCAUGUCAUUUUUAUUCUCUGCUUUCACAUCAGAGGAUCACAUUAUAAAUUAUAAAUGCGAAAUCCAUCAUUUUUUACUUCCAUCUUCCUAACUAAAAGAGAAAAACACAUUCAAAACGUUCCGUUUUCUUUUUUCUUGUUUUGCAAUCUUUGUGCCAAAUGAUUUACAUAUUCAGGACACGCAAAGUACAUCCAUAGAGAGAAUACUGUCUGGCUAACGAGACAAAUAGCGAGCGAGCGCAAAUUUCAUUUCAUUUUGAAACAAGAAAAAACAACAAGACAAAAUCAGCGGCAAUUGGGAAAAGGGUGAAAAUUGAAUUUGUGUCACGAAAAUUAGAUAAUUUCGGUGUUUUGACAAAACGGGCGAGACCAAAGGUUUUGGGAAUAUGAAACAGAACACUGCGGGGGAACAUGAAAUAUAUUCUUGACAAAAAUUUGUUUUUCAGAUUUCACGAAAAGCCAGCAAUUCUGACAAUGAUGAUCCGAUUGCACAUGGUUUGGAUCCUUCACUUUAUUCACCUGGAGCUGCAAUUAUUAAAGAAAAUAAUAAUGAGCCAAUUAUUCAUAAAAGUGUAUGUUUUAAAAUAUUCUAAAGAUUUUUCGACACUGGAAGAUUAAAAGCCGUGAUUUCUGAGCUACUCUUGAAUUCAACUUUUGAACUGUUUAGUCCCGAUUUGUUUUCAAAUUCAAAAUCUGUAUUUUGCAGAGCAUCGCUUCAACUUCGAGUCCAAUCCUUCAACGUCCAACUGGACUUGGCCUCCUUCAUUGUAGUCUUCAACAUUUUCCAGUUCGAAAACGUCUACGUGUCAGCAUUUUGAAAAUUGAAGGUUUGUUACAGCAAAAAAUUGAGUUGCAACGAGAUUUUGUCUGCAUCUCUUCAUUUUUCACACUAUUUCAACGCGUCAUUUGCAUUCAAUUUUUCUUUUCUUCAAAACGUCACCCUUUUUUGUUGUGAGAAGAAAAACAAGACUGGAAAAAUAUUUAUGUAUUUAUUUAAAACGGGGUUUGUCUAGAAAUUGAACAAUUUGAACUUUUUCGCGCCUCCCUCACUAAAUUCACAUCAGAAACCAAUUUGGACUUCCGUUUUUUUUUCGAAAAAAUAAAAUAAAUAAUAACUUCUUUUCAACGAAUUGAAGGAAAAAAGGAUUUUGUCGGGGUGUCUUUUGGGAAUUCAUUGACCAACCAAAAUGUUUCAGCUGAGAGUGUUUGUGUAUUUUAUUUUUGGAAGAGAAGAAGCUUGAGCUUGAGCACGGCGAGAAAUAAAAGGGAUCGAAAAUCUGACGAAAAAAAUGAAGAAGAUGAUGAUGAUGUAGAUGAAAAUAUAAUUAAUUCUAACCAAAAAUCUGAUGGCAAAUGAAUUUGAAAAGAAGCCAAAAAAGUUUAGCGAACAUUCAUGCACCGGAUAUUUAAUAUUUCCGAAACUAAUAAUUUUAUAUUUCCGGAGAACAAGAAACUUUUGAAGCAAAACUCACAUUUUUAGGAGUUUGAAAAAGAAAAGGGAUCGCAAAGCUGAAAUUAAAGGGAUCAAACAUGAAAAUUUCAUCUUAAAGUUAAUUAGAUAUACGUGUUGAAAUCAAAUUUUUUGAAAUAUGAAAAAAUACACGUAGUGUUUUUUUUAUAAAGUAUAGUUUUUUCUAAUCAUCAAUUUGAAAGAUAUGAGAAUAUUCCAGAAAAUAGUUCAGAAUUUCCACAUGGCAUGCUUUAUCCCAGAUUUUUUAGUGAUUGUUGAAGAGGUCCCUUCUUCUUAAGACUAAAUUUGUUAGAAUUUAAAAAUUUAGCAAAGUUCGCUGAUAAAAUUUCAUAGUUUCUGAUUUUUCGAUCUCUAGGCUUGCUUGUAAAUUUUCUAAGAAUAGCUCAACAAGAUUCGUCAUUUUGACCCGAAUAUUUUCAAGUAUCUACUGAUGUCUCAUGAUGAUGCAUACAUUCAAACAUUAAUUAAACUCUCUUCGUAUUUUCUUUUCCUUCGACCCACGCCUUUUUUUCGUUUUUCGUUUUCUAGUAUAAAAAAAUUCGUGGCCUUUUUUGUGUCUGGUAAAAAAUGCAAAAAAAGUAUCAAGGGAUUACCAGUUGGCAUGAACCCAAAGAAAAAAGGAAAAAAAUGGACCGAAACGAGCAACUCGUGACUUUUUUCCAACAAUAUUUCUCUUGAUAUAUAUCAGAUAAUAGAAGACAACCCAAUAAUAUUUAUGGGAUUUUUUGUGAGAAAACAAAAAAACUUGCAAAGUUUUCAUGAUUUUUUCAAGCCCGAACAAAAUCAUAAAUCUCUAAAUUUUGGCUUUUGAAAAAUUUAUGAGAUAUAAGUACGAAAAAUCUUCGAUCUCUGAAACAUCAUAUUAAUAUUUUAUGAGCCAUACUUUUUUUGAUUUGAUGAAUAAUUGGUCGGAAAUUGAAUUAUACGAGGGAGGGAAACAAAGUUGUCUGUGAACAAAAUAAAAUUGGAUGAUAAUUUCAGCAUUGGCUGGCGAAUUGAAACCGGAAAUGGAGAUUCAUGCGAUUUGCAAAGUGAGCAUUCCUGGAUUGAAAGGCGGAAAAGAGCAAACGUCGGAAAUGAAAAGAGGAAGAGAUCCGGUUUAUAAUCAGGUUAGGUGUACGACAAACAAAAAACUAAAUAGAUAUAUAUAAGUAGACAAAAACACAUGGAAAACUUUUGAGUUGAAGUCGAUAUUUAAAAAAAUCUUAAAAGAUUUGAGAAUAUGAUGGUGACCUGAUAUUUCAAUCAUAUAAAAUGUUUUCAUAAAAAUGUUCAAAUUUGAAAUUAUUCGGACCAUUGUAAGAGUGGAUCGACUUUUUUUAAUUAAAAAAUAAUCUCGAAAAAUUGGAGAUGCUUUGAUUGGGAUUAAUAAGUGAUUUUAUACAAAAUUUCCGCUGAUUUAACAUUGAACAUAAAUGUUUUCUUUUUUCAGGAAUUCUUCUUCGAUAAUGUUAGUCAUGAAGAAUUGGAUACAAAAACAGUUGUUGUUGUUGCUUGUCAUCAAGGAUCUGGAAAAAUAAUGAAAGAUAUUAUAAUUGGUGAAGCAAAUGUUCCAUUGCGAGAUAUUCGAGAAAUGAAUACGAAAAAAGAAAUUAAAAUUGUAGAGGAAAUUAAAGCUCUUGUUCCAAAGGUAUUUUAAAAAUACCAAUAUCUUUUAAAUUCAAAAUUGUUUUCAGAAAUUGGGAAAGAUUUAUACAACUUCGAUAAUCGAAAAAGAUUCAAAGAGAUUAACUAUAAAUUUGAAAAAAAGUUGAUGAUCUUCCACGUUAUGGUUUGACUGGAGCACCAGGUUAGUUUUAUUUUUUUGGAAAGAUCAAACCAUUAAUUCUGUCUUCUUCCGCCCACAUUCUUUUUUGCCUAUUAUUAUUCCAUACAUAUUAUUUUGAGCCCUCCGGAUCGCAUAAAUAAAAAAUGAGAUGUAUUUAUGUGUAAUCAUAAAUAAAUAUAGCCUGGGACUAUUUUCACAUCAUCAUACCAAAUAUACAUUUAUUUUGAUUUUUCAGAUGUUUGUGUGAAAAUCACGUUGAAUCAAGCGAAUAAAACACAAACAAAAUCAUCGAGGAUUUUGAAAUCAACAACUACUGCUGUUUAUAAUGAAUCAAUUAUGUUUUUGUUUGGAACAGCAAAAAAUGAAUUGGCUGGAACAUCGAUUACUAUUUCUGUUCAUGAUAUGCAAAGGUAAGAUUUGAUUUGCAAAAUUCAAGAUUAGAGACAUGAGUCAAGAUCUCAAAGUUAAUUUUUCAUAUGAAAAGUUCAGCAUUAGAAAUAUUUCAUUUAAAAAACAUUUUAUGUUCUGUUUGCCACGUGUCAACUUAGAAAUUUUAAAUAAUGAUCAUUUUCAUGAGCCCCAAAACCUCGUGCUGCUCAUUUUCGGUCACGUGCCCGGAAAAUUUUGUCCUACUUCGAAAUUCUUCAGUCAAAGUUCGAAAUCACUUUUUUGCAGAUCAUGUACUGGUGAUGAUAUAAUUGGAUGUGCAUAUUUGGGUGUUGGAGCAGUUGAUAAAUCUGAAUCCGAACAAUGGAAAGGAACAAUUGAACAUUUCGGAAAAGAAUAUAAAGGAAAUCAUCAAUUAAAAGCUCCUCGUUCAGCUCCUCCAGUUCAUGUUGCAGAAGCAAAUGAUGACGUCACAACAGAUCCAUUGGAUUUUGAAUAG